CCUCCCGGUGCCGCCUCCUCCCUCCCGCCCCCUUCAGUCUCCUCCCGGUGUUUGUUCGGCGCCGCCUCCUCCCUCCCGCCCCGCCAUGGCGGCCCCGUGCCGCCGCGGCUGGUUUGUCUUCGGCUUCAGCACCGAGGAGGCGGCAGGGGAGUCGGGCCUGGGCCCGGACCCGCGGCGGCUGGAGCCUGGCCCCGGGGGUAUUCGCCGCGUGUGGCCCGCCUGGAGCUACGUGGUCGUGGAGACCGGUGCGGGGCUGGAGGUGCGGAGCGCGGGGCUGCGGCGGCCGCUGCCGGGCUGGACCGAGGCGCUGCCCUCCGAGACCCACCUGGUACUGCGAGGGCCGGCGGCGGUCCGGGUAUGGCCGCGGGCGGCGGCUCUGCGAGGGGCGACAGAGCCACCGGCCUGGAGCCGGGACCUGCCGCCGGAGACUCAGGCACCGGAGUCCACCGCCUCGUUGCUGCCGCUGCUGCCCGGAGGCUUCGCCGCGCCGCGGCCGCCGUUCUUCACCCCGCUGCCCGGGACGGUGCGGGCCCAGCAGCUUGUCCUGGGCCACGAACACGUCCUGGUGCUGGGCGAAACCGGUGAGGUCUACGCCUGGGGAGGCGGCAGGCAUGGGCAGCUUGGCCAUGGCACCUUGGAGUCGGAGCCACAGCCACGAGUGGUGGAGGCACUGGGUGGUGUGCCCAUGACGGCAGUGGCAGCUGGCGGGUGGCAUUCGGCCUGCAUUAGCGAGGCAGGAGAUCUCUACGUGUGGGGCUGGAACGAGUCUGGCCAGCUGGCUCUGCCCUGUAAAGCACUGGCAGAAGAGCGGGCACAGACCAAGGACACAGGUCCAGGAGCUGCUGAGGUGGCAUCAUGCCGGGAGCAGCCGGCAGCCGAGGACGCUGCGUUCAUCUCCAUCCAGGCCUUCCCUGCGCUGCUAGAUCUGCCACAGCAGCUGGAGGUCAGCAGGGUCAGCUGCGGGUCCCGGCACACUGCCGUUGUCACAAGCGUUGGUGAUCUCUACACCUGGGGCUGGGGAAAAUACGGGCAGCUGGGCCAUGGAGACAAUGCCAGCUCUGACCAGCCACGCCCUGUUAAGUACCUGGCAGCGGAGGGGCUGCGGGCAGAGGAGGUGGUGUGCGGGCCCUGGACCACCUACGUCUGCGUGCUGGAGGCAUGAGGAGGACACAGGCUGCACCCCUGCUGCUGGGACCCCAGCUUCUCUCUGCUCCCAAGGAUGGGGCAGGCCGCCCCCAUAGUGAACAGAGCUGACUGGCUGGAGCCAGGCUGUGGCCCCACACACGCCAAGGACAAGUGAGGGCCAGGCUGGGAACAUGGACUGCAACCUUUAUUAAAUUAUUUUUCUAAGACA